UGCUGAGCAGGUUCCCAGGUUUCUGCCGUCGUUGUUGGCCACGGCGUGGGAAGCAGCUCUGGGGGAGCUCGGAGCUCCCCGAUUACGGCUUUUUCGGGGGGCAGCUACGGCUGGGUGGGUAGAACGGGGCUGGGUCCCCUAGUGGAGACCCAGGUGGGAGAGGCAGGUGCCUCAGUGCCUUGGGACUCUGCAGCUUCCUGUCUUCUGGGUCAGCGCCUUAUCCAGCGCUAGAGCCGGCUCCCAGGGAGAACUCGGCGGAGCUUCAGAAACGCUGGGCAGGUCUGCCUUUCAACCAAUGCCCCUGUCCCUGGGAGCCGAGAUGUGGGGGCCUGAGGCCUGGCUGCUGCUGCUGCUCCUGGCAUCAUUUACAGGCCGAUGCCCCGCAAGUGAGUUGGAGACUUCGGACUUGGUAACGGUGGUGCUGGGCCAGGAUGCAAAGUUGCCCUGCUUCUACCGAGGGGAUCCGGGCGAGCAGGUGGCACAGGUGGCAUGGGCUCGGGUGGACGCGAACGAGGGCCCCCAGGAGCUGGCGCUCCUCCACUCCAAAUAUGGGCUCCACGUGAGCUCGGCUUACGAGGGCCGUGUGGAACAGCCUCCGCCGCCGCGGGACCCCCUGGAUGGCUCCGUGCUCUUGCGCAACGCUGUGCAGGCCGACGAGGGCGAAUACGAGUGCCGGGUCAGCACCUUCCCGGCCGGCAGCUUCCAGGGCCGGCUGCGGCUCCGAGUGCUGGUGCCUCCCCUGCCCUCCCUGAAUCCUGGUCCUCCUCUGGAAGAGGGCCAGGGCCUGACACUGGCGGCCUCCUGCACAGCCGAGGGCAGCCCAGCCCCCAGCGUGACCUGGGACACGGAGGUCAAAGGCACCGCAUCCAGCCGGUCUUUUGCGCACUCUCGCUCUGCUGCUGUCACCUCGGAGUUCCACCUGGUGCCUAGUCGCAGCAUGAAUGGGCAGCCGCUGACCUGCGUGGUGUCCCACCCUGGCCUGCUGCAGGACCAGAGGAUCACCCACACCCUCCAAGUGGCCUUCCUUGCCGAGGCCUCCGUGAGGGGCCUGGAAGACCAAAAGCUGUGGCACAUUGGCAGAGAAGGAGCCACGCUCAAGUGCCUGAGCGAAGGGCAGCCUCCUCCCUCGUACAACUGGACGAGGCUGGACGGGGCUCUGCCCAGUGGGGUGCGAGUGGAAGGGGACACCCUGGGCUUCCCUGCGCUGACCGCUGAACACAGCGGCAUCUACGUCUGUCAUGUCAGCAAUGAGCUGUCCUCCAGGGAGUCCCAGGUCACUGUAGAAGUUCUUGCAGACCCUGAGGAAGCCCCGGGGCAGAAAGUGGACCUUGUGUCGGCCUCGGUGGUGGUGGUGGGUGUGAUUGCCGCGCUCCUGUUCUGCCUGCUGGUGUUGGUGGUGGUGCUCAUGUCCCGGUAUCAUCGGCGCAAAGCCCAGCAGAUGACCCAGAAGUAUGAGGAGGAGCUGACCUUGACCAGGGAGAACUCCAUCCGGAGGUUGCAUUCCCAUCACUCGGACCCCAGGAGCCAGCCGGAGGAGAGUGUAGGGCUGAGAGCCGAGGGUCACCCUGAUAGUCUCAAGGACAACAGUAGCUGCUCUGUGAUGAGUGAAGAGCCAGAGGGCCGAAGCUACUCGACGCUGACCACGGUGAGGGAGAUUGAAACACAGACGGAGCUGCUGUCUCCAGGCUCUGGGCGGGCUGAGGAGGAGGACGAUCAGGAUGAAGGCAUCAAACAGGCCAUGAACCACUUUGUUCAGGAGAACGGGACCCUGCGGGCCAAGCCCACGGGCAAUGGCAUCUACAUCAACGGGCGGGGACACCUGGUCUGACCCAGGCCUGCCUCCUGCCCCCGACCUGGCUCUUUCUGCUGACAUGGGGGUUUUCGGCUCACUUUGAGGGAGGGGGCCUCCUGGAGUGCCCCCAUAUCUUGGGGAAGACGCUUCCCACCCCACUGACUGUUCCACCUUUCCCUCCAACCUUUCUGUUCAGAGUAUGUGUGUGUGUGUGUGUGUGUGUAGGUCACCGUGUACGUGUGUGUGUGCGCGCUCAUCAGCGCCAGGUGAGCGGCCGCGUGUGGACCACACGGUGCGGGAGACUCCUGGGGCUCGCGUCUCAGUGUGGCUUGAACAUCACGUGGCCGUGUGACCUCUGCCUGUCAAUGCAGGCAUUUUCCGCAGACCCCAGAGCAGUAUUAAUGAUGCAGAGGUUGGAGGUGAGCGGUGAAGGGUGGGCCAGACCCAGGUGUGUGGGCGUGGCUGGGGCUGGAGUCUGGCCGGCCCCACUCGGGGAGCUGGGCUCCCGCUACUUGGGGAGCCCUGGGGCAAGUGUGAAGCAGCUGCCCAGGGGUCUGCUAGAGGUUCGGACUGUUCCAGAAGAAGCCCUCUGCCCUCUGGUGGCCUGUGCAACUGCUGCAUGUAGUGCUUUCUGUAAAUAGAUCUUCCCAGGGGAGCCGCUCCCAAUCCCCUAACACGAGAGACGACUCUUGAAAACCCUUGCUGUAUCUCCACAUUUGUUACUGGGGUCGCUUCAAGUGAGGCCAGCCUCCAAGGGAAUUCAGCAUAGCUGCCCUCACUGGGGCCCCACCCCAGGGGGUUAAUUCCUGCGCCUGAGAGCGGGUGGGGUCUGCAAUUAGGAGUGUGAGCCCUGUGGUGUUUGGCUAAGGGAGGAGCGGCCCCCUGGGCUUGGAGCUCUGGCCUCCUCUCCUGUUUUAGUCGCAUCCACAGUUGUUUGUGGUCCCUUGGGGGAGUUGCUGGGACGUGGUGACAAGGGCUCCUGGUUCGCUGUGUGUAGGAGGGAGAGGGUAGUGACUGCAGACCAAGGGGGUGGGGCGUUCAGGCCAGGUGACCCAGGUGCUGGAGGUGAGGCUGUCCCCCCCCCCCCCCGGGAGGGGGUGGUUUCUAGGUCACUGAUUCUGCCCUCUUCCUGCAGGUUCUCUGGGGUGGGGGGCUGGGGCUCUAGGAGGCUUGCUUUUACCCAGGCCACCCAAAGACACUCAGCCAGUGUUUCAGGCCCUGCUUGGCCUGAAAUCCAUGGGGUUUCUGGACCGAGGGAGAGGCUCACAUCCUUCCCUGGGUCCCCAGGCAGCCCAGGACUUUGAGCGUGGGACACGGAGAUCUGGGGCCCUUGUGUGUACAUUUUGUGUAAAUAUGUGCAUAUUUGUACAUAAAAUGAUAUUCUGUUUUUAAAUAAACAGAUAAAACCUG